AUGCCACCAACCGUGCCUAGAUUCGUGGCCGUCCCACUCCCACCUCCUUUCCUCCUUCCUCGAUCGCUCCUCCGAAAAUCCUUAAACGGCUCUCAGAGAAGAUGCAUGGGCAUUCGCUCAAUAGACCGACAGCCAAAACACAACCCAUACAAUGUCGUCCCAGGCAUUAGACCACUUCUUUCCACGCCUGCCGCAGCCUUCGAACGAAAAUUGAGAUCAGACACGCUUCCUCUGCGGUCAGGAGCUCUAGCAAUCAAGAAAGGCAUGACCGCGGUAUAUGAUGUCGAAUCUGGAAAGAGAAUACCCUGCACAGUGCUACAACUGGAUCGAAACCAGGUGGUUAGCCACAAGACGCGGAGAAGACAUGGAUACUAUGCCGUCUGCGUUGGCAGCGGCACAAUCAACCCCAAGAAUGUGGUCAAGCCCAUGCUCGGCCAUUACUCCGUCCAGGGCGUAAGCCCCAAAAGAUAUCAACGCGAAUUCCGGGUUCGAGGGCCAGAGGGAUUGCUACCGGUGGGCGAAGAGAUUCGAGCCGACUGGUUCAUGGCCGGACAGUUUGUGGACACUCGGUCGAAUUGCAAGGGCAAGGGAUUCGCUGGCCCGAUGAAGAGAUGGGGUUUCAAAGGCCAGCCGCGAAGUCACGGUCACUCUCUCAGCCAUAGAUCGCAUGGUUCAGUGGGUCCGAGUCAAGGAGGUGGUAGUCGUGUAUAUCCCGGCAAGAAGAUGGCCGGAAAUAUGGGUGGCCAGAGGAAUACAGUGCAGAAUUUGAAGGUUUUGCAGGCGGAUGCGGAGAAUGGGAUUGUCGUUGUACAUGGAGCCGUGAGUGGUCCUAAAGGAUGUCUGGUCAUGAUCCAGGACGCGUUAAAGAAGCCUUGGCCGGAAGUCCCACAGCUCCCGAAACCCUCCAAGGUUGAAAAGCCAGUGGUGGAGGCAGAGCCUGCGAAGAUUCCUGCAUAA